CGUGCGCGGCACCCGGCAGAUGCGCCUGCGACGCCAUGGCCAGGCUGACGGGCACCCGGCCCGCGGGCACCCGCCGCUGGGGCUCUGCCGCCGCCUUCCUCCUCCUCCUCCUCACCGUGCAAGCCGCCCAAAAAGCCGACUUUAGCGGGGACUCCACGGCGGCCACCAUCAACCACUCGCUGACGCUGCUGCAGCGGCUGCAGGAGCUGCUGCAGAACGGCAACGGCAGCGACUCGGUGCUGCGGGUGCGCUCGGCCGCCUCCGACGAGCCCAAGGUGUUCCACACGCACCAGCUGCUGCUCAGCCUCCAGAGCGAGGUCUUCGAGAGCCUCCUGCGCAACCAGAGCGUCGUGACCCUGUACGAGCCGCCCGAGACCGCCGCGCUCUUCGAGAAGUUCAUCCGGUACCUGUACUGCGGGGGGGUCUCCAUCCUGCUGCACCAGGCCAUCCCCAUGCACCAGCUGGCCAGCAAGUACCGGGUCUGGGGGCUUCAGCGCGGCGUGGCCGAAUACAUGAGGACCCACCUGGCCAGCGAGUCCAGCCAGGGCCACGUGGUGGGCUGGUACCACUACGCCGUGCGCGUCGGGGACGCGGCGCUGCAGGAGAGCUGCCUGCAGUUCCUGGCCUGGAACCUGUCGGCGGUGCUGGGCAGCGCCGAGUGGGGCUCGGUGAGCGUGGAGCUGCUGCUGCUGCUGCUGGAGCGCUCCGACCUGGUGCUGCACAGCGAGCUGGAGCUCUACACCGCCGUGGAGGGCUGGCUGAGCCGGCGGCAGCCCGAGGCGCCCGUGGCCGAGCGGGUGCUGCGCGCCAUCCGCUACCCCAUGAUCGCGCCCAGCCAGCUGUUCCGGCUGCAGGCGCAGUCGGCCGUGCUGGCGCGGCACCGCGCCGCCCUGCAGGACCUGCUCUUCCAGGCCUUCCAGUUCCACGCCGCCUCCCCGCUCCACUUCGCCAAGUACUUCGACGUCAACUGCAGCAUGUUCCUGCCCCGCAACUACCUCGCGCCCAGCUGGGGCUCCCAGUGGGUCAUCACCAACCCGGCGCGCGACGACCGCAGCACCAGCUUCCAGACGCAGCUGGGGCCCAGCAGCCACGACGCCGGCAAGAGGGUGACGUGGAACGCGCUCUUCUCGCCGCGCUGGCUGCCCGUCAGCCUGCGCCCCGUCUACUCGGACUCGGUGGCGGGCGCCGUCCAGCCCGUGCGCGUCGAGGACGGGCGCCCGCGCCUCGUCAUCACCCCGGCCAUGAGCAGCCCCGACUUUGCCGGCGUCAGCUUCCAGAAGACCGUGCUGGUGGGCGUGAGGCAGCAGGGCCGCGUGCUGGUCAAGCACGCCUACAGCUUCCACCAGAGCUCGGACGAGGCCGCCGAUUUCCUGGUGCACGCCGACCUGCAGAAACGCACCUCCGAGUACCUCAUCGACAACUCCCUGCACCUGCACAUCAUCAUCAAGCCCGUCUACCACUCCCUCAUCAAGGUGAAGAAGUAACGAGGUGUAGCUGGGUGCUGCCGUGCUGACCCCAGCACCAUGUGGGGAACGCUUGUUCCUGUAGGUAGAUGGGGGUCCCCUCACUGGGGGGCUCCAGGAC